AUGGGAUUGUUAUCACAAAUUUCGAUUGCUCUGGGUGUUUCACGGAAACAAGUAAAUAUUCUAAUGAUUGGUCUUGAUAAUAGUGGCAAAACAACCAUUAUCAAUAAGAUGAAAAAGGAAGAAGAUCGAGUAACUCAGAUUACACCAACAAUUGGUUAUACGACUGAGAAAUUUAUUUUUAACAAUACAACAUUUUUGGUGCAUGAUAUGUCUGGGCAAGGCAAAUACCGGAAUUUAUGGGAGAAUUACUACAAAGAAGUAGAUGGUGUGGUAUUUGUGAUUGAUAGCAAUGAUCGAUUACGGAUAGCAGUUAUUUGUGAUGAAUUACGAUUACUGUUGGACCAUACAGAAUUUAAUCGGAAAAAGAUACCGCUUCUCGUAUUUAUCAAUAAAAUGGAUGAAAAAGGUGCAAUGACAACGUCGGAAAUUAACGAUAAUAUAGGCUUAAAUUCGAUAAAUAAUCGAAAUUGGCGUAUCUGCGCAACAUGUGCAAUCACAGGUGAAGGCCUCAAAGAUGGCUUUCAAUGGUUGUUGGAGAAUAUUCGAGCAUGUACGGAAUCUAAGAAUAGUUGA